GUAGUUUCCGGCGUGUGACCGACCUCGCGUCCUCGACCAGAAGUAAUUGAACGUAAGACUUUGCGUUUGUACGCUGUUGAGUUUUUGGUAAAAUUAUCAGACGUAGCCAUGGUUUUCGAGGAUAAAAUGCUCACAUAUGGGGAUCCCGCCGAUGAGGAUGAAGAUGCUUCUGCAGAGGAGGAGGAAGAAGAGGAUGAAGAGUUGGUGGACCCCUUAGAUGCGAUCAGAGCAAAGUGUGAGGAGACUGAACGCUGUGUGCACUACAAGGAGCGUCUGGAGCUCUGUGAAGCCCGGGUCAAUUCCAGGUCCAACACAACAGAAGAGUGUACAGAAGAACUCUUUGACUUCCUGCAUGCACGGGACCACUGUGUGGCACACAAGCUGUUCAACAAUGUGAAAUGACCUGCCCGCCCAGUUCCCACACGUUGCAGCUGUAGAAUCUGUAUCAUUGCUAACAAUGUAAAAUAAUACAGUUAUGAAGCCUGUUGUUUACCUGAAUUUCCUUGGACAAAGUUCCCGACGCCUUUGUAUGACAGUGCAUAGUAGCUGAUAGCAGUAUUGAUCAUGAGUCAUUAAUAGGGAUUAUUGGGGUAUAAACUGUAAAAGUUUGUGUGAUGAAGGGCUUGGCUGUUCUACAAAUGUCAUGAGGUGAAAUGAUAAAGUAUGCUGCUACAGUAAUGGAAACCUCAGGUUUGAUCAUGACUUUCUGACCAGAAAAUAAAGGUUGUGUUUGGAUUCCA